AUGACUCAAUUACCUCUUCCAUAUUACAACGACGAUCCCAAUUCGUUUGCUUAUCCUACAGUGCAUAAAAGAUGGCCUACAAUCAUCGAAGGAUGCAUUAAGGACAUGAAGAAUGAGCUUGAAUCUGACCCCAAGUUGGAAAACUCCGGGUCCGAUAUCAUCACUAAGUUACAGGAUCUUUUAGUUUCGUUUAAGAACGAUGAAGAAGUAAAACCAUUUGAUGAUGCUGCAAUUAAAUUGAAUCCUUCCUUAGCUCGUUAUAACGAAUCAUUGGUUGAACUUAACAAGACCAAGAAGGUCACCUGGUUGACCGGCCCAUGGUUAAACUUAGAAUGCUAUUUAUACCAAGCUAUUAACCAAUACUUCAUUUCUUCUGAAGAAUCUUAUUGGCACGAUUUUGAUAUUUUUGAAAACUUGAAGAACCAAACUUUUCAACAAUCGGAGCUCGGCGCAUUAGAAUUAUGCAAAAGAUAUGAAGUACUCACGACUCAAUUGUCCAAAUCCUUGGAGAAAGAUACGUUGAAACUCCUCUUUUCUGAAUUUAUAGACAUUUCAUUAUGGGGUAACGCUACAGAUUUGUCAUUAUUAGCCGGUAAUGUUACCCUCGAGGAUAUUCAAUCAGUUCAAGGUGAAGCAAACAGAAAGAAAAAUGAAGAAAAUAUUUUGGUCAAUGAUUUAUCAGAAGCUUGGGAAUACUUAUUGAAGAGUGAAGCCAAGGAGAAAAGACUUGAUAUUGUAUUAGACAAUUCAGGGUUUGAGUUGUUUGCUGACUUGAUUUUUAGUUUAUUUGCCUUGGAUUCUGGGUUAGUAAGUGAAAUUCAUUUACAUUGUAAGCAAAUUCCAUGGUUUGUUAGUGACGUGAUGCCAAAGGAUUUUUCUAUAUUGUUGAAGCAAUUGAUUGAUCCUAAAUUUUAUGGUAGUAUCUCUAAUAAAGAGAAUUUGCGGGCAAUUUCAGCCGUACAAGAGAGAAUAACAAAUUACCAUAAGUCUGACAAGAUAGUUAUCAAAUCCCAUCCAUUCUGGACUUUGGAUGACAAAUAUUGGACCAUCCCAAAGUUCGAUGAUUUAUAUAAGGAUUUAUUGGCUUCAAAUUUAGUUAUUUUCAAGGGUGAUUUGAAUUACCGUAAAUUAACAGGUGAUGUGCAAUGGGACCCAACAACUCCUUUCACGACGUCCAUUCAAGAAUUGGCAACAUCUAAGCUACCAGUUUUGAGUUUACGUACUUGCAAAGCCGACGUAGUAGUUGGCUUACCAAAGGGCUUGAAUGAAGAAUUAAUUGAAAAAUAUAAAUCCAUGAGUAACGAGAAGGGAGAAUUUUGGAGCUCCUCCGGUAAAUGGGCUGUCAUAUCCUUCUCGGAUGGCCGUAACUAG